UACAAAUCUCUGAAACCCUAAUAUUUCCGAUCCCAAUAUAUUCCAUCAUCGUUGAACAGCACAACCAUUCGUGUUAAUGGAGGACGAGCAAUUGGAAACGGUCGAACGACGACCUCGUAACUGUCACGCCAGCGACCCACCCUUGGCCAGGUUGAGGAUAAAUCUUGAUGCAGUGGCGCAUGCUGCUCAGUGCGAAUCGCGGAGUUGCAAGCAUCUCAAGUGUGGCAUGGCUAAGAAAAUGUUUCGCCAUGUCAUCGUCUGCAGACGAGGCGCGGGUGGCUGCCGUUCCUUUGAUACAACGUUGCGUCUUCUUCACGCCCAUACUCAAGCAUGCCAACAAUCCAACUGCAAUUGCAGGGACUUGGCGGAGCGCCUCAUGAAGCGCCGGCAAAAGCAUGAAAGCAGCAGAAUGCUUCGUCAGCAGGUGGAACGCCUCGCAGAGCUUCAGCUGCACCAGCCAGAUGCCGCCACUACUUCUUCAUCAAUUCACUCUGCUUAAUAUCUUACUAUACUAAUCCCCAAUCCUUCUUAUACAAUCACUUCCCAACUAACGCUCGAUUACUUACUUUUCGCUUAUUCAAUGUUUUAUACAA